AUUCACUGGGCGUAAACAAAAACAUUGCUGAGCAAGACAAAAGUUGUAGUGUUUUUUUAAUUUUCAAUUGAAAUAUCGCAAUCAUGGCCGACGAUGGUGAAAACUCAUUGGAUAGCAGACCCAACGAUGAUAGUAAGCCGGAGAAAAUGUUUACGCUGAAGAAAUGGAAUGCAGUGGCCAUGUGGAGCUGGGACGUUGAAUGCGACAUUUGCGCCAUUUGCCGCGUUCAAGUCAUGGAUUCCUGUUUGCGUUGUCAGGCGGAAAACAAACGCGAUGUUCUGGGUCGUCAGGAUUGCGUUGUUGUUUGGGGCGAAUGCAAUCAUUCGUUCCAUCACUGCUGCAUGUCGUUGUGGGUGAAGCAGAACAAUCGUUGCCCACUGUGCCAACAGGAAUGGUCCAUUCAGCGCAUGGGCAAAUAGGCGCCAAUUAGGAAUUUCUGUAUUCACCUCAUGAUAUUUAAAUUAGCCUUUAAGCUUAAAUUGUCCACAGCUUAGCAUUUGCAAAUUGUCAAGAGAAUAAAAUAAA